AUCCCUAGUUGGAAAAUUUGUAUUCAAAUCUUUUCUUGAACCUUGGGACCCGCGAUCAUCAUGCGGCGAUGUCUGUUCCCCGGGCAGGACUAGGGAAGGAUUACCUACAAAACCUGGAUCUCACUGCAUUUUGGACAUGACUGAACCUCUUCGAUGGGCCAGAUACCACUGGCAGCGGCUGAUUGGCAGUAGAAACCAUGAUGACAAUGAAAGGUCAUACAACUAUUCCUCUCUGCUUACCUGUGGGUGCAAAUCCUCACAGACCCCCAGACUGGCAGGAAAACACAGGGUGGUUGUUCCUCACCUUCGGCCCUUCAAGGAGGAGUAUGAAAAGUUCUCUGGAACCUACGUGAAUAACCGAAUCCGAACAACCAAGUACACACUUCUCAAUUUUGUGCCAAGAAAUUUGUUUGAACAAUUUCACAGAGUCGCCAAUUUAUAUUUCCUGUUUCUAGUUGUUCUGAACUGGGUGCCUUUGGUAGAAGCCUUCCAAAAAGAAAUCACAAUGCUGCCUCUUAUAGUUGUCCUAAUGAUUAUUGCAAUCAAAGAUGGCUUGGAAGAUUACCGAAAAUACAAAAUUGACAAACAGAUCAACAAUUUAAUAACUAAAGUUUACAGUAGGAAAGAUAAAAAAUAUACUGAUCGAUGCUGGAAAGAUGUUACUGUCGGGGACUUUAUUCGCCUUUCCUGUAACGAGAUUAUUCCUGCAGAUCUGCUCUUACUCUUUUCCACUGAUCCAGAUGGAAUUUGUCACAUUGAGACUUCUGGGCUUGAUGGAGAGAGCAAUUUAAAACAGAGGCAGGUGGUUCGGGGAUAUGCAGAGCAGGACUCUGAAGUUGAUCCUGAGAAAUUUUCCAGCAGAAUAGAAUGUGAAAGUCCAAACAAUGACCUCAACAGAUUUCGAGGCUUCCUAGAACAUUCCAACAAAGAACGUGUGGGGCUCAGUAAGGAAAAUUUAUUGCUUCGAGGUUGCACCAUCAGAAACACAGAAGCUGUGGUGGGCAUUGUAGUUUAUGCAGGCCAUGAAACCAAAGCAAUGCUAAACAACAGCGGUCCCAGGUAUAAGCGCAGUAAAUUAGAAAGAAGAGCCAACACAGAUGUCUUCUGGUGUGUCCUACUUUUGGUUAUCAUGUGUUUAACUGGUGCACUUGGUCAUGGAAUAUGGCUGAGUCGAUAUGAGAACAUUCCCUUCUUUAACAUCCCUGAGCCUGAUGGCCAUGUGAUAUCACCAGUCCUGGCAGGAUUCUAUAUGUUUUGGACCAUGAUCAUUUUGUUACAGGUAUUGAUUCCCAUUUCUCUCUAUGUUUCCAUCGAAAUUGUGAAACUUGGCCAAAUAUAUUUCAUUCAAAGCGAUAUGGAUUUCUACAAUGAGAAGUUGGAUUCUACUAUUCAGUGCCGAGCCCUGAACAUCGCUGAGGAUCUUGGGCAGAUUCAGUACCUCUUCUCUGAUAAGACCGGGACACUGACUGAGAAUAAGAUGGUUUUUCGAAGAUGCAGUGUGGCAGGUUUUGAUUACUGCCAUGAAGAAAAUGCCAAGAGGUUAGAGUCCUAUCUGGAAGCUGUCUCUGAAGAUGAAGACUUGGCAGACACUUCAAGCGGCUCCUUCAACAACAUGGGGAAACCGAAGGUUCCAAGCUGCAAGAUGGUUCAUAAUGGGCCUUUGGGAAGUAAAUCGUCAAAUUAUCUUGCUGGGAGCAAUUUUGCUCUAGGAAGUAGAGAUGGAUCCAGUGAAGUGCCACAUUCCCGACAGACUGCUUUUAGUAGCCCCAUUGAAACAGAUGUGGUAGCAGACACAAGACUCUUGCACAAAUUUAGUCAAAUUACACCUCAGCUCUUUACCUUACCAGAUGAGACCAUUCCAAACCCCCCACUAGAAGUGUUGUAUAUUAUCGAUUUCUUUAUUGCAUUGGCAAUCUGCAAUACGGUAGUGGUUUCUGCACCUAACCAACCACGACAAAAGAUUGGACUCUCUUCAUUGGGUGGAAUGCCAAUUAAGUCUUUGGAAGAGAUUAAAAACCUUUUCCAGAGAUUGUCUGUUCGAAGGUCAAGUUCACCAUCUCUCUCCUGUGGGAAAGAGCCUUGCUCUGGGGUCCCAAACCCUUUUGUGAGUAGACUGCCCUUCUUUAGUCGGGGGAAGCUGGCUUCACCCGUAGAGGAAGAAAUCCCACCACUGACUGAGAGCCCUGAGGACUCAGCUUGCCCUCCUACAGAAAAGGAGAAAGAAGACGGUGAUGCAGGCAUCACUCCUGCCCAGAGCGAGUCCCUCCCAGAGCAGCCCUUGGUCUCCAACCUGUGUUAUGAGGCAGAGAGCCCGGAUGAAGCAGCCCUGGUGUAUGCUGCCAGGGCCUACCAAUGCACUUUAAAGUCCCGGACACCAGAGCAGAUCAUGGUGGACUUUGCUGCUUUGGGGCCAUUAACAUUUCAACUCCUACACAUUUUGCCCUUCGAUUCAGUGAGGAAAAGAAUGUCUGUUGUGGUCCGUCACCCCCUUUCCAACCAAGUUGUGGUAUAUACCAAGGGGGCUGAUUCUGUCAUCAUGGAACUUCUCUCUGUAGCUAGCCCAGAUGAAGCAAAUCUGGAAAAACAACAGAUGAUAAUAAGGGAGAAAACCCAGAAACAUUUAGAUGACUAUGCCAAACAAGGCCUACGCACUUUAUGUAUAGCAAAGAAGGUCAUGAGUGACAGUGACUAUGCAGAAUGGCUGAGGAAUCAUUUUUUAGCUGAAACCAGCAUCGACAACAGGGAAGAAUUACUACUUGAAUCUGCCAAGAGGUUGGAGAACAAACUAACAUUACUUGGUGCUACUGGCAUUGAAGACCGUCUGCAGGAGGGAGUUCCGGAGUCCAUCGAAGCCCUUCACAAGGCUGGCAUUAAGAUCUGGAUGUUGACAGGGGACAAACAGGAGACGGCUGUCAACAUAGCUUACGCCUGCAAACUGCUGGAGCCAGAUGACAAGCUCUUUUUUCUCAAUACCCAAAGCAAAGAUGCCUGUGAGAUGCUGAUGGGGACAAUCUUGAAGGAACUUCAGGAAAAGAAUUCAGUCAUUCCAGAACUUGCUUCUUUAAGUGCAAAAGUGCGUUCACCUUCCACCAUCCCAGACUCAGAGCCUCGAGCUGGACUUAUCAUCACUGGGAAGACCCUAGAGUUUGCCUUGCAGGAAGGUCUGCAGAAGCAAUUCUUGGAGCUGACUGCUUGCUGUCAGGCGGUGGUCUGCUGUCGAGCUACACCCCUACAGAAAAGUGAGGUGGUGAAAUUGGUUCGCAACCAUCUCCGAGUGAUGACCCUCGCCAUUGGUGAUGGUGCCAAUGAUGUGAGCAUGAUCCAAGUGGCAGACAUUGGGAUAGGGAUCUCGGGUCAAGAAGGCAUGCAGGCUGUGAUGGCCAGUGACUUUGCUGUUUCUCAGUUCAAACAUCUCAGCAAACUACUACUUGUUCAUGGCCACUGGUGUUAUACACGACUCUCCAACAUGAUUCUCUAUUUUUUCUAUAAAAAUGUGGCCUAUGUGAACCUCCUUUUCUGGUACCAGUUCUUUUGUGGGUUUUCAGGAACAUCCAUGACUGACUAUUGGGUUUUGAUCUUCUUCAAUCUCCUUUUCACCUCUGCACCUCCCGUCAUCUAUGGUGUUUUAGAGAAAGAUGUAUCUGCAGAGACUCUCAUGCAACUGCCUGAGCUAUACAAAAGUGGGCAAAAAUCAGAGGCAUACUCACCUCUUACCUUCUGGAUCACCUUGUUGGAUGCCUUUUAUCAGAGCCUGGUCUGCUUUUUUGUGCCUUACUAUGCCUACCAGGGCUCAGACAUUGACAUCUUUACAUUCGGAAAUCCCCUGAACACAGCUGCUUUGUUCAUCAUCCUCUUCCAUCUGGUCAUUGAAAGCAAAAGCUUGACUUGGAUUCAUAUGCUGGUCAUCAUUGGGAGCAUAUUGUCUUAUUUUUUCUUUGCUUUGGCUUUCGGAGCCAUGUGUGUUACUUGCAACCCGCCUUCCAACCCCUACUGGAUUAUGCAGAAGCACAUGUUGGAUCCAGUAUUCUACUUAGUUUGCAUCCUCACAACCUUUGUUGCUCUUCUGCCCAGGUUUAUAUACCGAGUUCUCCAGGGAUCCUUGUUUCCAUCACCAAUUCUGAAGGCUCAACACUUUGACAGACUGACUCCUGAGGCAAAGAGUGAAGCACUCAAGAAGUGUAGAGUUGCUAGGAAUGUGGGUCCAGUGACCUCUAAAUAUGCUAACCAGUCCAUGGCCGUAUCAGAGCCAAAAUUCAUGACUGACUCUCCUGCCGCUUUUGCUAUGUCAGCAAAUGUCUGUGCUGCUGAGGCAGAACACUUCCCUGUCUGUGAAACAGCUUGCGACUUGGACAACUCUGAAAUAAAGGACCAAGGGAUGGCUGGACCUUCCAAGGAUGAAAGUCUUACAACAAGAAUUUGAACCACCUCAAUCAAGCCAAAAGACUUGCAUUCUCCCCAAAUCCCCCCUUCCCCCCACCACCUCCAACCCUGAAGAAAGGGAGACUGGCAUUUUCCCAGGCUUGGAAAUGCCAAUAAAGACAUCUUUAUUGUCCUUUUGUAGACAUGUUUGUAAAAGACAGUAGUAUUUGACAUGGGAAGAGUUUAAGGAAAUUAAAUAUUUAACUCAUAAGUUCAGAAUUAAAUGCU